AUGACCCGCGAUCGCUCAUUCCAUGCAAAGAGAAAGAAGGUGCGGGAAAAGGGGUUAUCGACUACGGGUAUGAGUGACCAUGAGCCUCGGAUUCUUGAACACUGCAAUGAGAUUCUAUCGCGGCUUACUGAGAGGCCAAAUGAGGCUGUCGAGAUUACCUCGUGGCUCAAUUUCUUCGGUUUAGAUGUGAUGGGCGGCUUGGCUUUUGGCAAGUCCUUCAAUAUGCUGAAGCAAGGAAAGCCUCAUCAGUUUAUGACUCAGCUAGGAGCGAUAGGGCCUUUGGUGGCUAUUCUAGGGUGUAUCCCAUGGCUAUUUAUUUUAUUUCAAAGUCCCCCAUUGAUCAGCGCUAAAAGAGCUGAUAAUGUGGCCUGGUGUGGCAAGCAAGUCCAGGAACAGAAGAUGAUGAGCGAGUCCCGGGUAGAUAUUUUCAUGUAUCUCCUCUUCUCCUCCGAUGAUGAUCCGAAAAAAUCAACUAUUCCUGAUGGUGAUCUGAUAUACGACUCAGAGCCUGCGGUCGUGGCCGGCAGUGACACUAGUUCUACGACACUGGCGGCCAUUGUCUAUCUUCUGGCAAAGAACCCCGACAAGCAAAACCUUCUACAACAGGAGGUCGAUCAGAUCUUGACCAACGCCGAAGAUAUUAGCUACAGGCAGAUCGUCGGGAAGACUCCGCUUCUGGAUGGCUGUAUCAAUGAAGCCCUGAGGAUGUAUCCUGCAGCACCCAGCGGUGUUCAACGUAUGGCGCCCCCAGAAGAUGCUAUGAUUGCCGGAAAAAUGAUACCAGGAGACACACUUAUUUAUACGCCUCCGUACGCACUGCAUCGAAACCCGCGAAAUUUCACCGACCCAGAAUGCUUUAUACCCGAACGAUGGUACUCCCAGGGACACUUGGUUAAAGCCAAGGAGGCAUUCAUCCCCUUUCGGAUCGGCCCGUAUUCCCGUGUAGGGAAGAAUCUCGCCAUGAUGGAAAUGAGAAUGCUCCUCGCUUGUCUCGUUUGUUCGUUCUCGUUCCGCUUUCCUGAUAAUCAAGAAGCAGCCAUUGUAGAGGCCUUUGAGUCCGGCUACCAGGACCAUAUUGUUGGCCACGUGGCUAAAUUUGAGGUUUUCAUAUCGAGGAGAGAUCUCGCGUAG